AUGAAUGAAAGAAGAUAAUCAAUAAAUUAUAUUUAAAAUAAAUAGACUGGAUAUUUAUAAAAUUUUGAUUAUUUAAAGAACUCUAAAUUAUUAAAAAAGAAACAAAGAUUUAUCACAUUCACAUAAACACUUAGCUUAUCAAAAUUAAGUAAAUAAAUGGCCACUAAAAAAGUAGAAAACAAGCCCGAAACUCAAGUUAAGAAGGACUAAGCUCCUGAAUAAAAAUUAAGUGAAGAAGUAGCUAAAGUCCUCGACGAAGAUGAUGAUGAAUUUGAAGAAUUCCAAUAAGAAGAUUGGUAAGAUAUAUAAGUUGAUGAAAAGAUUGAUGUCAAGCAAUGGCGUGAAGAUUGGGACGAUGAAGAUAUAAAUGAUGACUUUAACUAGGAAUUGAGAAAAUAAUUAGGUGUUAAUUGA